AUGCCAUCUUUAUUAGCAAGGACAAUUGCAUUAUUAAAUAAUAACGCAAAAUCUACUUCUAAUAAUAGUUUCUCUUUUGAAAAUGAAUCAAGAAUAUCACUUGGUGAAGAAAUAGAUAUUGAUACUUUAUCUAAUAUGAAUAUUAUAGAACAUUACCAAAUGAAGAGACCUCAGUAUGGGAUGCCUCCUAUAAAACAAGAGCGUCAGUUGAUGCAGUUUCCUACAAAAUUAUCUCUUCAGAAGAAUGACAAUCAGGAAAGACAAUCACAAUUAGUAAACAAAACGCCAUCUAAACCAAAACUGACACAAAACAAAAAGACGUUAUCAAAGCAACUUCAACCAAUAACCACUUUACCCUCUCACCUUCAGCCAUUUACACAUCAAACAGCUUCUCAUACUACUACUACUACUACUACUACUAUUCAUACUCCUCCUCUCACUCCGUACCCUACCAUUUGGAAGGCUGCUGAACAAGGGGAUAUAAAGGCUCUUCAACACCAUAUUCAUACCACGAAACUUGAUACUGCUAUCUUACUGAAUCUUCGUGAUCCAGAGACAGACUGUACUCUGUUACAUCUAGCCAUCUCUUCUCCACAUUAUUCCCAUAACCCACAGCUCUUGCUUCAAGUCCUCCAAUUGCUCCUUCAACAUGGUGCUGAUGUGACCCUUAGCAAUAUCUAUAACGUUCAGCCCAUUCAUAUGAUGGCUCAUCAUCAUCGGAACACUGCCUAUGACUUGAUCACAUUAGCCUUGGAUAACGGUGCUAAUCCAAAUGCUCGUGAUGGUGACGGUUGGACCCCGCUUCAUUACAUCACCCGUUUCUGUGGCCCCGCAGAUCGUCAACGGUUAAUUGAUUUACUCCUAAGUCGUGGCGCUGACCUUAACCUAACCGAUUCACACCACAAGACACCCCUCUUUGGCCUAUUAGCGAAUGAUGACGAUGUGAUCUCCCUGAGUGUCUUGAUUCAGCGUGGGACGGAUCUCUGUCAGAGAGGUGAGUUCCUAGAUCCCGUCCAGAGAAUCACACGAAGGGGUACAGUUCUGUUACAAGCAGCUCGAUAUGGUCGUUUCGGUUGUUUACAAUUCUUGAUCUGUAGCUCUAUCUCAGUUCUACAGUUGCGUCGUGCUGUCAGUCGCGAUGAACUUACCUAUGCUCUCGCUUUAGUCAACGAACGAGCCGCUAGGGAUCCUAAUGAAGGAAAGAAAUUUGAAAAGAUGCUGAUCUUAUUACAAGGAUUAGAGGAUAGAUUCAUGAAGGACCCCCUGUCGUUUUUGAAUUGUCAGAGACCCCACUUACAGAAGAAGAAGAAGAAAGAACCUAUUACUACUACCGUUUCGUCCUCCAUGUCAGUCAAUGGAAGAUCCCUGAAAUCAAUGCUCGGUAGCAUUCAUAGAAGGAAACCAGAGGAAGGUGUACUCGUUGACUCUAAACCCUCUGCUAAGCAGAAGAUACCUCCACAAAAUAAAACCUUUAUAUAUAUAUAUAACAUAGGAUGCUUUAUUAUUAUUAUUGUUAAAUAAAUGCAAGAAUACGAUCAGGAAUA